GUGUAGGGACAUAUUUGCAUCUUCAUCUGUGGUUGCUUAUUGAGUGAAGAACGAAGACAGCUGUUGUUACAUUUUCAGCUGAUUUUUGUGUACGCUUCGAGCCCCUGGCGAAGAACGUGAACCUCAUCAGCCAUCUGUAAAGCUUCUUGUCUUCACUGCUUUAUCGAAUUCACGAGCGAUCGAAAGCAAUCAAGGCCUGCCAGCCCGCCCAGAGAGAAGUGUUUACUGGUGGCGAACAAAGGGAGAUCGAGUCUGUCGAGUUGCAGUGGUCGGGUGCAAGCGGCCGUGACGUCACGAGGCUCCGAGCGCGGCGCUGAUGCGUCGGUGAUCCCUGGCGCGGGGAGGGCUCGGGCGCGGCGUCGUCCACGCCGAGCGGCGUCGGCUCCCAGCCUGGCCUCCCGUGGGUCGGGGGACGAGGGCGCCGGUGACCGGCCGCCGCGCAAGCGGUCCCGCAGGCUGUCGCCCGCGCGCCGCGACCCCCCCGCCAUGCAGCAGCCCGCGUCCAACGGCGCGGGGCACCUCAAUGGUGACGCGGCCCCCGCCAACGGGGACGUGUCUCCGGGGGAGCUCUCGCAGACCGACCAGGAGAUUGUGCGCCUCAUCGGCCAGCACCUCAACUCCAUCGGGCUGGAACGCAGCGCAGCCUUCCUGAUGCAGGAGUCGGGUCUGGAGCUGGAGCACUCGGCGGCGUGCACGUUCCGGCAGCACGUGCUGGCCGGCGACUGGGGCAAGGCGGACCACGACCUGCGCGCGCUGCAGGAGCUGCUGCCGCCGCGCGCUGCUGACACCGACACUCUCAGGGAGAUGAAGUUCAUAGUCCUGGAGCAGAAGUACCUCGAGCACCUCGAGUCCGGCCGCGCCCUGGACGCGCUGCACGUGCUGCGUAACGAGCUGACGCCGCUGCAGCACGACACGGCGCGAGUGCAUCGUCUGAGCGCGCUCAUGAUGUGCGCCGAGCCCGAGGAGCUGCAUGCGAGGGCGGCUUGGCCGGGCGCCGGUCCAGAAUCCCGCGACGCUGUCCUCCGUCGCGUGCAAGCCGUCCUCCCCCCCUCGCUCAUGAUGGCGCCGGCGCGGCUGCGUUCACUGCUCGGGCAGGCGGCGCAGGCGCAGGCGGCGCGCUGCCGCUACCACCUCGCCGCGCGCCCCGCCUCCCCCCCGCCCAUACCCUUCACGCUGCUGUUGGACCAUCGCUGCCCGGCUAAUAACUUCCCUAUACAUCCGCUGCAGGUGCUGAACGAGCACUGCGACGAGGUGUGGUACUGCGCGUGGUCGGCGGACGGCUCGCGGCUCGCGUCCGGCUCCAAGGACAACACGGUCAUGGUGUGGGACUUCCACCCCGACACCAAGCGGCUGUCCUUCAGGAAGUCGCUCGAGGGCCACUCGUACGGCGUGUCGUACCUGGCGUGGAGCCCCGACGGCCGCUACCUGCUGGCCGCCGGGCCCGAGGACUGCCCCGACCUGUGGAUAUGGAACAUGGAGACAGAAGACCUCCACCUGAAAAUGACCCACAACGCCGAAGACUCUCUCACAGCGGUCGCCUGGCACGCCACUAGCGACAAGUUCGUGUGCGGCGGCACCCGCGGGCAGUUCUACCUGUGCAACCUCGACGGCACCCUUCUCAAAGGCUGGGAGGGCAUCCGCGUGAACGCGCUCGCGUGCCGCUCAGACGGGCGCUCGGUCCUGGCGGCCGACACGCACCGUCGCGUGCGCGCCUACGAGCUGAGUGAUAGAAGUGAUAUUGCAGACGCCGCGCAUAGGAACCUGGCGGCCUCAGCCGAGACCUCGCGGGGCAACCUGAUCCAAGAGGAGCACGCGAUCAUGGCGAUGUCUCUGAACCACGCGGACGACAUGGUGCUGCUGAACGUGGCCAACCAGGGCGUGCACCUGUGGGACAUCCGAGCCCGUACGCUGGUCCGUCGCUUCCGCGGCCUCAGCCAGGGCCACUUCACCAUCCACGCGUGCUUCGGCGGCGCGCACCAGGACUUCAUCGCUUCGGGGAGUGAGGACAACAAGGUAUACAUCUGGCACAUCCAAGGCGAGGAACCUAUCGCUGUGGUGUCAGGCCACACUCGCUGCGUCAACGCCGUGGCCUGGAACCCCGUGCACCACGACGUGCUCGUGUCUGCUAGCGAUGACUACUCGUUGAGGCUGUGGGGGCCCAGCUCGCACCAGGGGUAG